GAUUUUAGAGACUAAUAUAUAUAUAUAUAUAUAAAGGCCGAGACUCAGUCAAUUGUAUCUAAUAGUAAACAAUUGUUGCACACACUACGAUAUAGUCUGUACCACACACAUUGAAAAUGCAGUACACAAAAGUUGCCUUUAUGCUUUUGGUUAGCGUUUGCUUGUCUUUAGCGAAACCCGAAAAUUCUUUUUUUAAAUAUGGAGUUAAUGAUCCAAAUACUGGAGAUAUGAAAGAUCAACAUGAAAUCAGAUCUCCAGACGGAAAUAGCGUAAGUGGAUACUACCGUUUGUUGGAACCUGAUGGUCUUAUGAGAACUGUAACUUACACAGCUGACCCUAUAAAUGGAUUUAGAGCCGAUGUAAAACAUUCAUUAGUCGAUUCUCAAUUAGGUUUAGAUGCCAGAGCCUUUGAACCAUUGGCAUAUCCAGCUUAUAUAUAAAAGUCUGAUAUAGACGACCAUUUGCUUGCGCAAAGUUCUUUGUUUAUAACCUAUAACUAAAUAUUGAAUUUAAUAAAUAAUGACUCAAAAAGUUAUGACUAUCAAUAAAAAUAAACUUUAUGUGUAUCAAUUAAUAUAGUUGUAAGAAAAAUAUAUUUUGUAAUUUUAUUUUACAACAAUGUACUGUUUAUUAAUUAUUCUGAUUGUAUUAAAAUUUGUUGAUAAUA